UUAUAUUGUGGACAGUGAAUACGCCCAUUGUAUCUUCUAUAAACCCACGUUGAAACGUAUUGUAAAGAAUGCAAUCCAAGACAUGAAGUGCCCAAAACAGGACUGUGGGACUGAAGGCACUGGGAAAUUCUGUCACAAAUGUGGCGCUAAGAGAAUAACAGAAGAAGAGAUUCUUCUAAGAAAACCGGACGUGAUUUUAUGUUCGGGGAUAGAUGAGGAUGGAAAGCCAUGUGGAUCACCUCUAAAACCAGAUCAGACGUUCUGCGAAAAUUGUGGAGCAAACGUUGUGGAAUUGGUAAAAAAUAGCUGCUGUGGAAAAUGUGGUAGUGUCAUAACCCCCGGAAGUAACUGCCUUAAAUGCAAAUCAAUUGGAAAUCAAGAUACAUUAGUACCGCUGGAAAGUUCACAAGCAGGUGAAAGUACACCGUUUCCUUCUAAGCCAACACUAGAAAAGGAUUAUUCGGGGACUUAUCCCCUAACAGAUAACUCGGGUUCACACAUAAGUGACAAUAAAGAUCCAAAACAGAAUGUUGCAAACAAAUAUGACUCUGAAGACAAGCAAGUCUUUCGUGAAGAUGACAAUCAAGAUCAACAGCAUAAUGUUGAAAACGGUAUGGGAUUCGCUGAGAAUAAGCAAUCCUUGGUCAUUGAAACAGGACGAAAAUCUACAAUUGAAACACAUGCCAAUGUAACAGAACCCCAUAAGCUGGAUAUGUUUAACAUUAACCAUUGUCUUAAUAGUAAACUUACGACAGGUGAAGACAAAAAAGGCGACGAUGAUCCCGUAACAAAUUGUGUAGCGAAGGAAAGUCAAGGCACCGAUGCACAGCGUACACAUUUUCAUAGUGAUAUCGACACAUGUAUGGAUGAUACCGCACACAAGACGCAAAACUAUGGCAUCAACCCAGUUAGCAUUAUAUCUGCAGAUAAGAUGGAUGAGUCGGAAACCUCUACAGACCCAGCUAAUUACAAAAAAGAUCUUCCAAAUGAAAUGCCAUGCAAUACCAGUAAUGACUGUUAUCAAGAUGCACCCAACGAUGAACAAGUUAAGGCAGUCAGCAAUAAAGAUUUACUUGACAAUGGCUCCAACAUAAACGAGAAAAACAAAACAGUACAUGAGCCUAUGUCGGAGUCAGACAAUAAUGCAGGAAGCGGAGUUGACUUCACCGACGGAUCUGAAUCUGAUGACUGCGAGAACAAUGAAUAUCUAGCGCCGGAAGUAAACGCCCAAAAUGUCACCGCUCUACCAAGCGCCACCAAAAAGACAACUAAGGGGAACAGCAGUACAAAGGUACGACAAAGGAAUAAACGAAAGAAGAAAAGAACAAAAAAUUAUAAACAGAGUGCGUUAGAAGAGAACCCGUCGAAGGUAUUUGGAUCCGUUAAUGAGGGUCGUUCAUCGAACGUAGAUAGUGGUCAAAGUGAAGAAACAUUCACAACCGAGCGACCAAGUUUUUUUCCAUCACAAAGUAAUGCCAACGCUAAUACCAAAGAGGACAAAGAUCAAAAGAAUUUAAAUUCUAUGUCAAGUGAUCAAAAGAUGGGAUCGAGGAAAAAUAAAAAUGAACAUCCGACUCAAAACGUAAACUCCAAAUCGACUGCGCCGAAUGUAUCGACGACCACAACACCAAAACAAAAUACAACAAAACAAUCCUCCGACGUCUUGCAUGUGGUUUUCCAUGUGCGUAUACCCGAUGAUAUUCUAGAUACUUCUGACUUCGAUGUUGCAAUUGUAUUUGGAUCUGAAGAGUUGGGAGGAUGGAACAAUAUGACACAUACAAUGAGUAAAAAAAGGUGUCAAAGGAAAUAUGUCGAAUGCAUACUGGAUAUAUACUUACAUAGGUACCAGCUCCAAAAUCCAAUUCAAUAUAAAUACUGUUUCGAUAUCCGACAUAAACAAGACUCUCAGAAGAAAGAAUACGUGUGGGAACACUAUCUUGACCGUAACAAAGGACAUGGCCAAGAUCAGAAUAGAAAGUUUUUUAUAGAUAAACACAUGCUACCAAAGGACGAUUCGACAUGGCAUCAGUACGAUGGUGUCGCUGUUCCAGCAACAGAUGAAGGGUUCUUACAACGCAUGGGUAGAGUUAUUAAAAAUACGCUUACUAGUGAAGAUAAAAAAGUUUCAAUGGAGAUUUGUAAGGCAUUUUUCUUGGAUUAUCUUCCGCCGCUGUUCAAAGUUCGAAUUCAAAGGGACGAAGACUUGCCAGUUAUUGGAGACGAAGUUGAGCAAGUUAAAAUGUUGAUGAAUGGACUGCGAAAGGUCUACGUUGUUGAUUACAAAUGCUGGCACAACUUUGUGGAGUUUAAGGACGAGACUAUCAAAAUUUACAUGGCCACUCUUUUGGAUGAAAUGUCAAAAGAUUCAUCUACUCAGUCGAGUACAGCGAAAGUCAUCCAAGCCAUAGGCGUGGCUAUUGCUUGUCAUAGUUUAGAGAUACAGUUGCCGGAUACGGCUUUGCGGAAGUUAUGUGAAUGCCUGUUGGUGUCGAUGGACAAAACAAAUAAGAGCGUUGUAGAAUGGGAACCAGUUAAAACGCUGGUUAAUUCAGAUAAAUUGAAGAAAGCUUUAACAUGGAUUGCAAAGCAGUUUACGUCAUUGAGAGAUGUGAAAGAUCCAUCAUGGAUGUACUGCCUUCCCCUUGUUCAUCUCGUGUUUGGAUUAUGUACUCCAUUUGAAGAAAAAACAAACGCCAUUGACCAUGCCAAUGAAAAACCAAGAUGGUGGGGAGUAGCUGAAAUACAAGAUGUUGUGGAAUCUUUUAAAUUAAACAACAACAAAUCUGUGAUUUCCCUUGACACAGUAGUGAAAAAGCUUAUUCCUUUAUUUGAAAUGGACUUCUACUUGCCGCGGUCUAUCGUUGCAUCAUUCAGCUGCUCCGACCUUCAUAAAUUAACCGAUCAAUGGGUUCCUAUAGAAGUGGCGUGUGCUGCCUUGGUGUACUGGACUAAAACGACCAAGGAAACAUGCCAUUUUCUCAAUUAUAACGAUUAUGAAAAGAAAGUCGAUGAAACAUUAAACGUAAUCGUGGAAAGAUUUCAGCGGGAAAGCAAUUCCGGAAAAGGAUUGAACUCGUCAUAUUGGAUGUCGCAUAAGAUAUCAUAUGAUUUGGUAAUAGAGGCGUUCAGUCACCACGCCACAAACAGAGUCUCAAAGAGGUUGCGCAGUGUGAAAAUAUUCCUUCACUCUAGCGCGAUGUAUUGUUCUUUCAAUACGGAAACCGAACAAAAAUCUAACGGUACGCGCCAAGACACUGAAUCAAGACAACUCAUCAAUACCGUUGUCACAAAAGGAAGCACUUUUCUCACAAAUAUAACAAAUGCUGAGCACCUAAUUUGGGGAUUGGAAGAAACUUUAAAGAUUUGGAAUUCAGCAUUCAUUGAAGAUCCUCGUGGGGAUCCUGUACUUCAGGAAUGGAAUGACUCCAUAUCAACAAAACUCCAGACUGUGUUAACACAAAUGUGCACGUAUAGCUUAACGAGGGAAGAAUUCAUAGCCCACUUUUGCAGAGAUGGCGACAAAUACAACACAACUAUGCAUGCAUGCCUCAACAGCAUCGCAUUUGAGGUCAUUGAACACGUCCUGUGUUCAUAUUCCCCGAUAGGCGACACUGAACGGAUUCGAUACAGUGAUCUACUAUCAAGAUUUCUCAAUGAUAAUUGGGAAAGAGCGUACAAGACACACGUUGCAAACUACAUUUUGCAUCUUGCUAUAACAUGGUCGCCAAUGAAGCACUUUGUUAAAAUACAAAAUCAGCAAACACUUACCUUCCAUGUAGGAUGUGUCGACAAAAUACAGCAAGUAUGUGCGACAAUCGAAAGUAUUCGCUACUCAAUACACGUAGGAUCAGUGGAUGUUAGGAUGUUAAAGUAUAUACAAGAACACUUAGAUCCUUUCUGUGACUUAGUUGCACUAAUGCAUAAAGAUGGUACCAUACAAAGACAGGUGACUUCUAGGUUGAUUCAUCUACGAAUGAAAGAGGUUGAAUCUUAUAAUAUUCUUGCAGAAUUAAUGAGGCGCUUUAUGACGUUGUGUCAACAGUUUCAGGUGGACACUUUGGACUUAAAGGCCAUUUUAGCCAAGGACACGGACAAACUUCAACUUCUAUCAAUUUGUGAUCCAAAAGCAGCACAGACUAUUGAUGCGUCAGUGAUAUACGAACCGUGUAUAGUGCCAUUUAAGUCCUAUCAACGUGUAAUAGAUGUAGUUUGCCAAGCUGAACAAUGCAUCGACAGCAUAGUGUUCAUGCAGAUGUGGGAAGAAUGUCAGCAGUAUCACAAACGCCCUUUCACCAUUGAUGAGAUUUUAAAGGAUGUUUGGUUGCCAACAGUGUUAAGAUGGAAGCUAUUCGGGGAGAAACUGCGAUCUGGGAAUAUUUUGGUUGACGAUGUUGACAGACAAUUAGCUUCUGCAUUUCAAGAACAAGAUGAGAAGCUUGAACGGGAAAUUACCGUCUUCGAUAUUCCAGAAAAAAUGGCGAAGUUACGGAUUUCCCAGAUUAAACAAUGGCGACAGCUUCGCGCCUGUGUUGAUGGUGCACUUGCUAUUUUAAAAUUACAGACACAUUGCGGUCUCAAGGGAGAUUUCGAGCCGAUCAAAAAAAUUGCUCGUUUCAAACAAAAAACAUUCGAGAUGAACGAGUUUGAUAGUAAUCUGAUGAAGACGUGUAAGCUGUUGCAAGAAAUAACACCGGACAAGUCAAAGUGUCUUGAGACGUUUUGUGAAUGCGGAGACCUUAUCAAAUGGUUACAGGAGUCCAUGGGAGAAUCUGGGCAAAAAGAGUUAAAGGUAUUUGUUGACCUCGCCAUGAGUUCGGUUGGAGAUGAUCAAAAUAGAAUUGUCAAUGUCCAGUGCCUACAUUCGGCGGUCAUCGGAUAUUCCCCGUUGAUAUUUGACCUUAAGCCAGAGCAUGGUUUCUUAGAAGUGCGGAAAAAUUGCCGGAUUGUGUGGAAAGAGUUCUCAGCCAAUCCGAAAUUACCCAAACAAUUGAAGGAUAUUUCUAGUCAGCUUCCUUGGCUGAAGGAAAUUCAGAAAGCGCACGGUUCCGUUAAAGUCACGUCACUGAUGCAAGCAGAUGCGAUUACUUCUGAUGGAAUAUUUACAGUAGGAUUUACACAUGGGAGUGUCGAAACGAUGACUGGAGACAUUAUUACAGCUACAUUACCACAGCAAGACAAGCAGUACGAUUUCCGACAGUUGCAGGAUCUUCAGAGUAGACUCAUGUUAGUGGCUGGUAGAAAUCAACUUACAGCUAAGGAAACGGGGGUUAGCGUUGAAAUGUACUCUUUGAUUUUAGACAGCGUGACACGUCUUGGAAAUGUUUUAAGAAAGCUCCGUAAAUCAGGAUGUGUCUUGUUUAAUUCAUGGAAAAGUCAGUUUUGGUGCAAGCAAGAUAGGCGGAUUUGCGUUGAAAUAUCAAUUGGAAACGACAAAGAUCUACCAAAACUGGUUGGAAGGACUAACCAGUCAGAAAAAGUGCAACACCAUAUUCCUGAAAUCGCGAAGUUCUUGGAAAAAUGUCUGGAUGAAUGGUUGGCGCACAUAAAACAGAAUCGAAGCGAAUUUUACUUUUUAAACUUUUUUACCACGGAUCAACUUGAUAUUCUUCAACAAGAGCUCGCAAAAAUGGGAUCUGAACGAAUGCUUUCGCCACACGUUUUCUCACUCCUUUCGGCUGUGAAAAAUGAUUGUAAAUUAGCGGAUUUGGAAACAGCACUUAGAGCUGCUCAAUUGGAAGUACUUACCAAGUUAUCAAAGCAGCGACCUGCAUUGGACACACUUGAUAACGCAGAGCAAACCGAAGACAGCGAUAAAAAGAUUAAAUCUUACAAUCAAAGAUCAACGUUUGUUAAAGAACUUGUUGAUAUUGGUUAUGAUAAAACUUUGGCUGAAAUGGCACUGGAUCAUGUCCAUGAGGAAGAUAUUUCUUCCUGUGACCUUUCAGAAGCCAUAUUGUGGUGUAUGCAACAAAGCUGUGACAAAAAGGAAGAGAACAUGAAAACGGAAAACAAUGGUCAACAACCUAAUGAGCAGUUUGAACUUACAGCCUGGAAUGCACCAUCAUCGUCCACACUAGUUUCGAUCAUUGAAACAUCACUAAGGCGAACGUGUCAAAAAAGUGAUGACGGAGUGAGGCCGUUGAUUGGAGAUCUUACAGAUCUUUGGACACAUUUUCUUGAUUCUGUGUCAUCCAGCAUAAGUGACUUCAUCGGGCUUAAACAUUUGGGUAUUUUUCUGAAGCAUCUGGCAGUGGCGGAGACUGAAAGCGUGGAAAGGAUGUAUGCUUCCAACUAUAAAGUGGGAGAACCAAAUCUCAUCGUCUGCCCUGCAGGCGAAAUCCUCAAGGUGACGUUAUCCAUUUACAUGCACGACAAGAAACAGCCUCUUCCGUUGUCAGACGAAGUCCUCGUGUGCCACACAGACACGACAAUUGAUGAGAUUGAAAUAUUCUGGCGUCGGGCAGUUUUUGCUGAUGGAAGAAAGAUUCAUUGUGUCGUACAUGCCGAUAUUCUAAAUUACGACGUUGGCGAGGCCGCGGAAAGGAGUUUGCAUGACUUAAUUUUGGAAACAUACCAUAAAACCGAUAUGAAAUAUCGUCUGUUCAUCAUUUGCGGAUCGGACAAUGAAUAUCGGUGUCCGUUGGUGUCCUCAUUAGGCAAGUUUAUUCGACAAGUUCAGACAGUCCACCAAGAUGCGGUGAAGAAAUAUGUGGAAGAUAAAUUAGUGGUGCCAGUGAACAGAAUUCACACGGUAUCGUGUGUUGACUUCAAACGAUGUUCUGCACGCCUUGUCUUGUCAACACGAGCCGGUGUUGGAAAAACCUUAUAUGUACAGCGGCAGACUCAAGCCAUGACACAAAAAUUUGCCAGAUCGAAAGAAGUUGAGUCAAAAGUUGUAAAAAUACCGUUACAAGAGAAGCACAUCAGCAUGCAAGAAGUUAUACAAGAAUUUCUUAAACACACGCCGACAUCAGGGAAGCGGAGCGUACGCCUGUUUCACUUAGACAUUUCUCAUGAGGUUCAAGAAGGCAUUGACUUGCUACUGUUCAAUCUUCUUAUCCUCAAUUGUUUGAUGGACAAAAGCGGAUAUGUGUGGCGUAGAAGUUUGGACGACUUAUAUCUGAUUGAAACUUUACCUAUUAUGAUCCACGACACUUCAAGCAAAAACGAUUACGCUCACCAAAUAUUUGGCAUUCUGCCCGAAGUUACGUGUAGAUCACCGAGCGAGAGCUUAAACAUCUACAGCGGUAUUUCUCAAGUGGCAAAUAUAGGGCUUAGACAAACGGAUCAGCUUUUUGACGAACAGAAGUUUCGUAGUCCGGUAUUUCAGCGUACUUAUCAAUACUUGCGAAGGUUGGAUUUAGGAAAACAAUUGACCGAUGUUGAUGCCCAAAACCCUGAAGGAGAUCCGAAUACGUGCCUCGGUGUUCUUUUACGUCGGUGUGGCGUUAUCAACCCGUCGUGGUCAGAACUGCAAAACUUUGCUUGGUUUCUUAACACCCAACUUGUUGAUUACGAGAAUAAUCAGUUUGUAAGCAAUGCAGCCAGUGAAGACCUCCCUGGAUUUGCAACGUUUGUUCUUCGAUUUCUCAUGCAAAUGUCAAAGGAUUUUGCAACCCGUUCACUUCAUAUAAGUGAGGAAAGUCCGUUUACAUCUUUCUCGAAUGACGCAGAUGAAACGAUGGUAGACGAAGACAUUCUAAAUAGACUUGCACUUCGGAGAACCUGGGAAAGCAGCCCGCACCCGUACCUGUUUUUCAACUCGGAUCACUUCACAUUCACGUUUUUGGGCUUUUUCAUUGAUAAAACGACGGGUAAUUUGAUUGACCUACAGACUUCACAUGUACUUGAACAAGCAAUUAUGGCUCCUAAUUUGUACGAUGCCCUUGUUAGAAACAGAGUUCCACUCCAAGAAAACUUCGAUAAUCUGCAGCGAGACCAGAAGAUAUUGAAAUUGUGCAAUGUUAUGGGCAUCGACGUACCACAUGAUCCAGACAGUACCUAUGAGCUAACAACAGACAAUGUCAAGAAAAUAUUUGCGAUCUAUAUGAAAUUUAGAAGUGGCAUUCCUGUUGUCAUAAUGGGUGAGACCGGAUGUGGUAAAACACGACUGGUCAAGUUCAUGUGUGCCCUGCAGUGUCCACCAGGAGUAAACGUCAACAAUAUGAUUCUGAUGAAGGUGCAUGGUGGAACAAUUAAAGAAGAUAUUAAACGAAGUAUCAAGAAAGCGGAAGAACAAGCCAGACAAAACGUUCGCAUGAUGGCUGAAUACAAAACGAACAUAUACACUGUAUUGUUCUUUGAUGAAGCGAAUACCACUGAGGCAAUUGGACUCAUUAAAGAGGUCAUGUGUGAUAAAUCUAUUUGUGGUGAACCACUGAAGUUCUACGAGAACCUAAAAAUUGUAGCUGCCUGUAACCCAUACAGGAAGCAUCCUGAUGAGCUAAUCCACAAACUGGAACAAGCUGGUCUUGGAUAUCAUGUUGACGCUGACGAAACAACCGACAAGCUGGGUCGAGUUCCGAUGAGGCGACUGGUGUAUAGAGUUCAACCGCUACCGCAGAGUUUGCUGCCUUUGGUUUGGGAUUUUGGACAAUUAAACACGGACGUGGAAAUUUUAUACGUCCGACAAAUGGUGAAAAGAUAUAUCGAUGAAGACACUCUUCCCGAUUCAAGAUCUUUAGUUGACGUUAUGAGCAGGAUUCUAAUAGAAUCACAACAGUUUAUGAGAGAACAAAAGGAUGAAUGCAGUUUUGUGUCGCUGAGGGAUGUACAAAGAGCGCUGCUGGUUAUGGCAUGGUUUUACGAGCAAGCGGAAAACAACGGGGUUCUUUUUGAGAUGAUGAACGCAAGGCUGUCCAACGAAUAUACAUCUGAAGCUCAAAAUAGCGAAGAUGAAGACAACCAUGCAAAUGUGGGUUUAGAUAAGUUAACAAGAAGUCUAGUGCUCGCUCUUGGAGUGUGUUACCACGCUUGUUUAGGCACAGAGAAGCGCCGAAGAUACAGAAAAAGGAUCUUCAAAUGCUUUAGAGAUCCAUGUGUAUUAACAAGAGGGGCGAACCAAAUAGCAGAAGAAAUCGAAUGUUGCCAAGAUGUAUUCCUUGACAAUGUUUCACUUGACAACAAUAUUGCAAGAAACACGGCGUUGAAAGAAAACGUCUUCAUGAUGGUUGUUUGCAUCGAGUUGCGAAUACCACUGUUUCUUGUUGGCAAGCCCGGAAGUUCGAAAUCGCUCGCGAAAACAAUUGUGGCUGAUGCAAUGCAAGGAAAUUGUUCUAAAUUUAAGCUGUUCAAACAUUUCAAACAGGUACAGAUGGUUUCAUUCCAAUGCAGUCCGUUGGCCACUCCGGACGGUAUUGUAGGUACUUUCAGACAGUGUGCUCAGUUUCAAGAGGAUAAGGACUUGAAUACUUUUGUUUCCGUCGUUGUUUUGGACGAGGUCGGAUUGGCAGAGGACAGCCCUCGAAUGCCAUUGAAAACAUUGCACCCACUGUUGGAAGAUGGCUGCCAAGGGAAGGAAGAACCAAAACCAUUCAAAAAGGUGGCAUUCAUUGGCAUAUCCAAUUGGGCGCUCGAUCCAGCGAAAAUGAACAGAGGUAUAUUUGUCCAAAGGGAAGUGCCUGAAAUAGACGAACUGACGAAUAGCGCACUAGGCAUAUGCCAUCGUAACAAAGUUAUUCAGCCGUUAAUAAAGCCAUUUAUUGGGCCACUAUCAAAAGCUUAUCUGGACGUGUUCAAUGACGCUUCCAAACAGAUGCGCGAAUUUUAUGGGCUUCGCGACUUUUACAGUCUUGUGAAAAUGGUUUGUGAUUUCGUCGAAGAAUCUAAACAACCACCAACAUGGUUUGAAAUGCUUCAUGCAAUCAAAAGAAACUUCGGCGGACUUGAAAUGGUUAAUCCUGAGAUACAUUUUCAAAGGCAUCUUCGUCAUGUAAUGAAUUGCAGUGGAGCUCACCGAGUUCGUGACCCAGACUGUAGCCCAAAAGGAUUGAUUGAAGCAUGCCUCUUCAAUGCUGUUCAAUUUAAAGGAGAAAGUCGUUACCUGUUGUUGCUCACCGAGAACUACGGGGCUUUGUCAAUCAUACAGCAACACAUAUUUUCAAAACAAAGAGAAAUCAGGCCAAUAACAAUUUUUGGAAGUAGUUUCCGAAGUGACCAAGAAUACACCCAGGUCUGUCGAAACAUCAACCAGAUCAAAAUCUGUAUGGAGACGGGAAACACCGUUUUGUUACUGAACUUAGAAAAUCUUUACGAAAGUCUGUACGACGCAUUGAACCAGUACUAUGUGUACUUCGGCGGUGUGCGUUACGUGGACCUUGGCCUGGGGACACACAGAGUGAAAUGUCCCGUUCACCAAGAUUUCCGGCUAAUCGUCGUUGCUGAGAAGCAGAUAGUGUAUAAGAAGUUCCCGAUUCCACUGAUCAACAGGCUCGAGAAGCACUUCUUGACAAUCAAUUCAAUUCUGGAUGAGAGACAGAUACAGCUCGCAAAGAAAUUGCAGGAAUGGGCUCAUAUGUUUGCCACAGAAACUAAUGAUUCCAUACGAGGACCAACAUUGCGGCAUGCAGGAGAUGUAUUCAUUGGGUUUCACGAGGACACGUGCUCUGCAAUUAUAUUGCACGUUUUUGAAAAGAACGAACAUAACAAAAUUAAUGAUCAGGAUGUUAUAGAAGAAGGAAAGCAACUUUUGCUUUGGUGUGCUACGCCAGAAUCUUUGGUCUGUAACAGUCAACUUGACCAGGCUGAAAAAGACAGAAUGACCAAGUACUAUUACGAAAGACAGGCACACGAUAGCUUCAUUCACUAUCUGAAACAUGUGAUUGAGAAAGUGAAGUGCAAGGAACUAUUUGCUCAGCUGACAUGCCAUUCAAAACUUCUGGCUGGAAAUCACGUGAAAGAGAUAUUGAAAGAAGUUACAAUGUUUCGCAGAGUGGAAAUACUAUCUUUAUCGUUGUUUGACACUGAGCAACAGUUCAGUAUUCGAGUACAACAAACCCUGACGACAGCAACAAAAGAGGCUACAUUGCUGAUUAUUCAAUGUGAUUCCGGGGACGUUAAUGCUAAACUGAUUGCUUGCGCAAGAUACUGUGUUAUAAGUGAGGUUGUUAAAAUACGAGACCACCAUAAUCCGUCGUUCUUUGUGGUGUUUAUUGUGCAACUACCUAGAAAAGCUGGCGGAUGUUUUAGUGAUUUUCAGUGCGGAGUUUGGCAUUCGGCACACAUUGACGAUUUGUUUGUUGAAGAUGAUAGCUUGCCUCCUAUAAACUAUCUGGAAAACAAGCGUAUAAGUGAUAUAUUUUCCGGUACUUUGACACAUCAGCAUCCAGGACCUGUGGACAACAAACAUGUGAUGGGUACAUUAAAAACUCUUCAAGAUGUUUCCGACGAGCAUAUUGAUAUACGGAACAAAUCAGACAACAUGGAAAUAGAAAUUUACUCACGAGACAGGAAUCGAUCGAUUGCAAUUAAUGACAUUACGAUUCCUAAAGCACCCAGUCUUUAUUCAAUGCAACAUGCCACUUACAUGUGGGGAUUGGUUAGACAUUGUGUUCAACCUGCCUUGUCAAUGGUGAAAGAUUUACAGAAUACUGAACCAAGGGAAACCAAACGAGUUGAUAUUGUUCUCCGUGCAUUGCCCGAAUGCUCCAGUGAUAUGGAGAUCACCCACAAAGCUCUCUUUACUAAUGGACUCGUCGUGUGGAUUGUGAAACUAUUCAAAGAAAAAGAACGUGAAACCGGAUUUCUCUCUGAUCAAUGGUUGAUACGAAAUGCGGCUGCAAUGAGAAAUAUCAAUAAGAAUGGAACACUGAGGAGAUCAUGCUACAAUACAAUCGUUUCAAAAGUCGCUCCAGUUUUUGCCAAUGUGUUUGCCUUUCUUGACACAAACAGCAACAUGGAUUUAAUCGAGUGCGAUAUUCCUUGGAAACGCGAAGUCUGGCUCAAGUGCUUGAAUCUCACACAUGUACUUCCACUUAAGUACACCGACUGUCAGUCGCUGGCGGGCGCAGAUGAACUAAAAGAAUUGCUGGUGAAAGGUACAGGGUUUGAAGGACAUGGCUUCAAACUACGAUUUCCAUUCUCGUGGGUUGUGAUAGAUGUGGUCGACGAGUUAGUCAGGGAUAUUGUUAUUGAUACAGUUGAAGUGAAAGAAAUGAUCAGCAAAUGCGUAACAGCUCUCAAAGCGUCCCCUGUAGGACAGAUAUUGUCUCAAUUUAGCAGCAGCACACAGCCGGAUCCGCGUGAAAUUUUGCAAGACUAUAUUCACGACUUUGUGCAAACCGUUUACAACGCUGGCACUGAUUCAGAGCUAAAUAUUGUGUGCGAACAGAUCAUGUCGAGAUCGAUCAGCGUCGCCAAUGAAAUAGGCGGAAGUAAUGAUCUGAUUUGCCACUCUAUUUGCUGUCGCUUUGCAUACGAGGAAAUGUCGUUUAAGCUGACUUUUUUCCGAUGUAUAAAUAAUGUGUGGCCGUCUUGCAGCUCUAAAAUAGUUGAAAUCAGAAAUACCACCCCAGGCCAUUUUAUGUUUAAAGAGCAUGAAUUUACAUUCUCAGCCUUGUGCAUGCUUCUUGAGGAACUCACUCCUAAACCAAAUGAGCUUGACAAAACAACAUCGCGUCAAGACUGGAUCAGUAAAGUGUACACAUAUCGCCAUGUUGUCGAAACCAUGUUAAACAUCAAGCAGAACGAUGUUCGUUACGGUUUGCACAGUGAGAACACAAUAAGAAGAGCUAGAUCGCUGUGGAACCGCGUUCUGGCAAUGAAGCUUUUUAUUGAAAACGUGUGUGUACCAGAAUCGGAGCAAGACAUCACAAUCAGGAAUUGCAUGCCACUUUGGAAGUUACUUGGUGAUGAUGUCGAUCUUGGCGGACCAAAGUCGUUCUCUGCUGUCGAAACUUUCCUUAAAAUCUGCAACUUAACGGCGCUGAAAGAAACAAUUGGCUCGGAAGUUAAGUGUUAUAAAUGUGAAGAAAAUAUUCAAUGCGCACCCGUAACGCUCCCAUGCCAAAAGAACGACAAGAUAUGUCAGGCAUGUUUUACGGAGAUGAAAGCACUGAGAGACUUCAAAUGUCCACUUUGCAAAGAACCAUUUCCUAUAGAUUGGGUACCAACUAAUAAAGAGGAUACAAUACUUGUCAACAAGCUGCGGCGAUACCAACAGCGUUGCAAUACAUUUUUCUUGGAGGUCGUCUCGCAGUUGAGUUUUGCCUAUGGAAAUGCGUCUGAGCAAGUUAUCACCAAACUUCUUGGUUACGUAACAUGCAAAACCAAAACUGGCAAGGUUUUUACGAAAAAUAUCAGUAUGAUCGACACGGGCUUAGACCCGAAUCCCGUUUUCAGGUCGUUUCUGUUGCGGAUGUUGCUUAAGUCAAGCGAGGAAAGGUAUGUUUCCAGUUAUAUCAGCCAGUUCCUGGAAAGCACGACAAUAGAUACGGACACAAACCCUAAGGAGAGAAUUGACAUUUAUUUGCUGAUUGUUCAAUGUUGGGAGGACACGCAGUUACAGUAUAUUGAACAAAGUGGAGAAUCAAGACUGACUAUUGCCUGCGAUUUGUUUCGAGAUGCUUUUGAAAAGAUCAACAACCACCGGUCAUUGACUGAACUACUUUAUGGUAUCGCAACUGCAAGAGCAUGUCUAUCUGAAACAGCACGUUGCUUAGCGGAACUUGCCGAGGAGGAAAAACAUACUAUUACCGGCGAUAUGCUAAAAAUUAUUCAAGCUGCUAAAGAAUUGUGUCACAGUCAUAAUAAAGAAACAUUGAAGGUGUAUCUAUUGAAAAUCUUGUGCCGUCGUUACGGCAUACAUAUAUAUCAAAGAUUAUCGAAGUCUUGUGCGCAUAGUUUGAAUUGGGUGGCAUUUGAGGGCAGAUCAGAACAGAUGCAGGUUGAGGUAGCAGAUAGAUACAUUGUCUUUGGGGAGACAUACACACGUGUAAGAGAAGCCGUUGCAAAAACACUUCUUGGAGAAGAUAGUGGGAUACUUCAAGACUUAUUGCAGAAAAUACAAAGUCGGAAUGCACAUUUAGAAACCGUCGUGCAGCUAGCUGUGCACAGAGAGGUAACAUGUGCACAUGUCAGACAAUCAUUCACUAAACCGAAAAAGGGAAUUCAACGCCUACAUAAACUACUUGUGGCUUCCGAAGUCGUGGAAGACAAGGAGCUCAUGCAGAGGCUUCUGAAUAACAACCUUCAGCCCCCGUUGUUGGUCAUGAAACCUCAAUCGAGUAUGGAGCAACAGGGCGUGCAGUGCUUAAUGACACACUUCAAAAUCACCAUGUCAAAAAUUCAAGAUGAGUCGACAUUACUUUUCCCUUUCAAGGCGUUGAUCGAUGGAAAUCUUAUUAUCCAGAGCAUGUUUCUACCGACCAUGCCACAGGAUGACUUGGAAGACAUACACAAUGCCAUGCUCAGGAACCGAGGAGGCGAAAAUCCUGUUGUUUAUCGAUGCCCUAAGGGUCAUCCCUACCUCAUCGGUGAUUGCGGACGUCCAAAUUCGACUGGUUUUUGUCCAGAAUGUCGGGAACAAAUCGGUGGGGCGGGACACAAAGCAUUGCCAGGAAAUGUUUUGAAUAACCAAGGGGAUACAACAAAACGAGGACAUGUCCUCGGCAGGAGCAAUAAAAGUGGAAUUAUUCAGCCAGAGAGAGAUAUGAAACCCACUUACUGCACAGCUGUUCGACUCUUCCUUCAUAUGGCCUUGUACCUGGGUCCAGUGGAGGAUAUACAGAAAAUUAUACAGCCAGAAAUACCGGCCAAUCAUGUGUCGCAGUUUUUACUGGAUCACAUAAACGCAAACAUCGUCGGUCUCCAGAAAGCGCUCGGUCGAAGUCCAGAUGAUAUCAUCCUGCUGAUGCAUGUCGUUGUUCACCACAUGAUGCAUCAAGCUGGAAAAGCUCUUCCACAAAGGCUGACUCUUCUAUCCUCAAAGGCAGAUCGCAAAGCAUGGGAAAAUGAUUUUUGUUCGACUGUAUUACGUAACGUACUUGGGAGCGCUGAACUCUGGCUUACCAAUUUAAACAACCGUAUUGCAACUGAUCAAAGAAUAGGAGCCGAUCCACUACUGUGCUUGAUAUACGAAACGGACAACACGCAGGAAAGUGAAGACACAGACAAUCUGCUGAAUGUCUCACGAAUGUGGCGAUUUCGAAUCCCAAUUACAAUUGAACAUAUGCGCCAAGUAUUGGAUUCGAAAAUUCAGGACUUAAAGCCAAAGCCGCGUGUCCUGCAACGUUUUUUGCUCGAGGAUGACAUACUCCAAGCACUGCGAUAUCUUCCCAAUAUCAUGCUUCUUCAGCGAGCACUUCUUCAAAAACUCCAGAAGAAACUUGACAGAGCUGAAGCUAAUGCGCAACUUAAAGUUAGGGAUAUAAAGAAAGAUAAUCUGGCCGGACAUGACACAGAGAGGUGGAUAGAUGAUUUUUCAAAAGCAUGGGAAAUGACACGACUGCGUCUAUCAUCAGGUUGUGCUACCAAGUUUGGGCGAGUGACCGUUCCAGAGGAGUUUUGCAGAGAACGAAUAACAGACAACACUCCACUCGCCGUCCUUUUACCGGCGACGAACGGUCCUGGAUUGUGUUCCUAUGCCAUGCUUGAUCUCCUCUUUAGGAAACAGAACGAGUUGAUUGACUUCUACGGUUCCGAAACGGAGAGACUACAUUCACUUUCUUCAAUCGCACCAAUGGCUGUGACCUCCGCACAUCUGAUCAGCUACGACCACGAACAUGACUUGAUGCCCCUGGUUUUGGCCAACUGUCAUUAUUCCUUUGAGAUGGGCGUCGGGACCAAGAUUGAGUAUGACUUUGCUGGCAUGGAAAGACAGCUUAUGGACAGGCUUCUUUACUCCAAGUCGAAGAUAGAAAUCCAUCAAUACCUGAAGGUCGACCUGAUGGUUUACAGAACAGAAGUGACGAACGUCUCUGUUUUCAACAAACUUCGGGGCAACAUACCACAGGAACACUUAAAUCAUGCUGUCAAAAAGCAGAUUUUUGAAGAACUACGAUCAUUGCCCGACGUGUGUGAAUCGCUUGACAAUUUAGAUAUUGCUAUUAGCUUCCUAAAGACGACUGGCGGUGACCCAGCUAUGCCAAUACACAGGUUCAUAGAGGAAACGCUACGAAUGGACAAAUCUCUUUUGAGUCAAAAGGCCCGGCAAACUUGCGAACUUCGACAUGCCAGAUCGUUGUGGUUGCUGUUGUCCUUUCUUAAGUCAAGACUUCUUGUUGAUUAUCGACACGCAACCGAGGCGGUUUUUGAAACGUUGCCUAAUGGUUUCUACGAAGAUCUACCCGACGUAGUAAAAUCAAGCUUUGGAGAAUACAUGAACAAUCUAAGCACUGAGAAGUUAUCAAAUCUAUUGGAGCUGCUUCAUGAAUUUCUAAUUCUCAGAGUUUGCGUUCAAGAGAAUCCUGAUGACGAUGAUUUUGUGGAUACCAAUAAAUACAGAUUAUUUGAAAGCCUGAAGGAGUACAUUGAGCUAAGCGAAUCGCCAGUGCUCGAACCUGUCAUUUUGAAUGGAAGUCCAACGGGAUUGUUGUAUGAACACGGUGCAAAGGCCUGGGUACUGGCGUACGAGACGCUUUUGAGGAAAAUAGGAACCAGGCGUCGCUCCUGAUAUACAGAAAAAAAAUACUGACGUCAGGAAAUAUAAAUAAACCGAUAUACAGAAAACACAUAUAAUAAGAAAAUAAAAUAAAUUAUUGUUUAAAGACAAUAAUGUUUACAGUUUUUCACUAUUUUUCUUUGGUCGCAAAUAUGUCACCUAUGACUAUGCAUGUUUUGUUUCAGUGCAUAUUUGCAAUGACAUUAUUGAUUGAAUGAAUUGCAGUAAAAUCACAAUAUAGUUUGCAGUGGUACAAUAUGUGUGAAAAUGCAAGUGUGUGUACAUAUAUUUUCUAUGAUAUCGUUGAAUGGCUAAAUUGAAAUAAAGUUUGCAUUGUUGCAAUAUAUGUAUGGUGUGACUAUGUUUGUUUUGUGUCUGUAAAAAACUGUAAACUGUCUUUGUUUACUGGCUGUUUACUUUUCUAUUGUUACAUAAAAUUGCAGUUAUAUAUUCCUGCUAUAUUUGAUAUAUACAAUUUAUGAAACGCAUUGUCGUAAUAUAUUUGUGUUGCC